AUGCCACACUACGCAGCAUCCAUGGCUGUUGAGGAUUCAGUAGCCUCCAUGAAGUUGCCCUGCGAUUUCGCCUCCUUAGGACCCAUGGUCUUUGGGUUUCUCCAGGUAGACGAAUUGAUCAGCAAGUUCAGAGGCGAUGAUGGAAGCUUCCGUACAGAAAUAACGAAUGAUCAUAGAGGCUUGUUAAGCUUAUACAAUGCAGCUCACCUUUUAACGCACGGAGAGGUGGAACUUGAAGAAGCAAUUCCAUUUGCAAGGCAUCAUCUGGGACUGGGAUUAUUAACAAGUAGCCUCAGGGCCCCAUUAUCUGGUCAAGUAACCCGGGCCCUUAAGCUACCAUUGCCAAGGACACUGAAGAGAUUGGAGGCCCUAGAUUAUAUGUCCGAAUACACUCAAGAGCAAACAUACAAUCGCUCCAUACUAGAGCUUGCAAAGCUGGAUUUUAACUUACUUCAACGUCUUCACCUGAAAGAGCUCAAAGCCAUUUCCCAAUGGUGGAAGGAUAUUUACCAAGAAGUGGAACUAAACUACGUGCGUGAUCGCGUGGUCGAGUGUUUCUUCUGGUGCUACACAGUAUACUACGAGCAAGAUCUCUCGCGGGCUCGGACAAUGCUUACCAAGAUUUUUGCACUUAUGACCGUGGUAGAUGACACAUUUGAUGACCAUGCUACCUUAGAUGAGUCUCGUAAGCUCGCUGAAGCUUUAAGAAGAUGGGACGAUAGUGCAGUUUCUAUGUUACCCGAGUACCUGAGGAAGCUCUACCUAAGGCUGUUACGAAACUUUGAAGAUUUUGAGGAUGAACUGCAACCAAAUGAGAGGUACCGUGUGGCUUACACCAGGGAAGCGUUUCAGAUGUCCUCUGAAAGUUAUCUCCAGGAAAGCGAAUGGUUUCAUCAUAAUUGCAAACCAUCUUUUAAAGAACACGUGAAGGUGUCUACGGUAUCGGUCGGACCAAAAAUAGGAGCUACCGCGAUACUAAUGGGCAUGGGUGAUGAAGCAACCAGAGAUGCAUUUGAGUGGGCACUGAGGGGAGACACUGCUGUUAUGAUCUUCGGGCGGAUAGCCCGUUUCUUGAACGACAUAGCUUCAUUCAAUAGUGGGAAGAGCAAGAAAGAUGUAGCAACUUCCGUGGAGUGCUACAUGAACGAGUACAAUGUAACAAGUGAGGUAGCCAUGACUGAGAUAGGCUACCUAAUCGAGGAUGGAUGGAAGACAGCAAACAGAGCUCGAUUUGAGCAUCCUGAGCUACUUCCAGCGGUGCAGCGACUUAUCAACCUGACAGUGUGCAUGCCGUUCACGUACCGUGGUAAAAAGGACGCACACACAAGCGGCAAGUAUAUGGAGACGAUUGAGCGCCUUUUCAUCAAUCCAAUACCCCUCUAG